AUGCGUUCAAAGCAUAAAGCCAAAUUCGACGAGUGGCAAAAAACCUGGAAGAAUGAAGAUAAAAGUCAACGUAGAAUCAAAAGUAUAUCAAAUGAAAAUGUUGCUGUUCAAUAUUUGGACAAUGAUCCAAGACAAAAAGAAUUAAAUGCGGCUAUUAUUGAAAAAUUAAUCAUUGAAUUAGGUCUUUCAUUAUCAAUUGUUGAUAGAGCUGAAUUCAAAAAUUUUAUGAAAACAGUUGAUAAAAAAAUAUAA